AGGAAGCUGGGAAAGGAUCAAGGAAACCUCUAGCAUCGUAGAUAAACACCGUAAAGAGGUGUGAAGCCAGCGGGCACACGGCUGUCACAGUACUAAAAGAACAGUAAAAGAGUCCGACUGAGUCCUCUGUACAGCGAGGGUCAACAUGUCUGAGACAUACGACUUCCUGUUUAAGUUCCUGGUGAUUGGCAGUGCUGGGACGGGGAAAUCCUGUCUCCUCCACCAGUUCAUUGAGAACAAGUUUAAACAGGACUCCAACCACACCAUCGGUGUGGAGUUUGGGUCUAGAGUGGUCAACGUUGGAGGAAAGACAGUCAAACUGCAGAUCUGGGAUACUGCUGGGCAGGAGAGAUUUCGCUCUGUUACACGCAGCUACUACAGAGGAGCAGCUGGAGCACUUCUUGUCUACGAUAUUACCAGUCGAGAGACAUACAAUGCACUGACUAACUGGCUGACGGAUGCACGGACACUGGCGAGUCCCAACAUUGUUAUUAUCCUAUGUGGCAACAAGAAAGACUUGGAUGCAGACAGAGAGGUGACCUUCCUUGAAGCUUCACGCUUCGCUCAGGAGAAUGAGCUGAUGUUUCUAGAGACUAGCGCGCUAACAGGUGAAAAUGUCGAGGAGGGUUUCUUGAAGUGCGCUCGCACCAUUCUCAACAAGAUAGAUUCAGGCGAGUUAGACCCAGAGAGGAUGGGUUCAGGUAUUCAGUAUGGAGAUGCUUCGUUGAGGCAGCUGCGACAGCCCAGAGGCACCACAACACAGAAUAAGCAGCAGUGUAAUUGCUAGGGGUCGGGACCCACCCUCACCCCAGCCCGCAGGUCCACACAGACAGAACUCCCCCUACAGGUUUUUUUGGUGUGUGAUCGUCCUUCCCCAUCUUCUUCAGUUCCACACACCUUGGAUCACCUUGGGUCGUGGAGAUCACUGCAACCUAUGACCCUUGACCUCUGGUAAGAGUCUCUACGGCUUACCUGAGGGGGUCGGUUUUGCCCUUGCGUUUGGACAGCAUAACCCCUCGGUGUGAGCAAAGUGGAAAUGUAAAGAGACAUCCUCCACCAUGGUCUCUGUUACUUACCAGACAAGGACAAAGUCAAGGGUUGUGUGUUUGGGCUGCCCUACUGUUGUGUGUUGGGGGGGUUUUUUGUUGUUGUUUUUUUUUUUUUUCUCUCUUGCUCUGUGCUUUUUCAUUCUGGUUUUAGCAAUCCCCAAAAUACUUUCAGCAUUUACAUAUCAUUGCUUGUAAAUUAUUAUUGUUAAACUCUUUUGUGCAUUCAACCUGUCCUUGUGUGGGUCAUUAGUUUUUUUUUCUUCCUAGUUUUAGCAUUCAUAAAGACAUCCCUUACUAUUUAUUUUUUUUUAAAUCAUGCAUCAUUAACUAUACUUCUCAUAAAUGAUCAGUAAUGGAAAAUAAAUGAUAAACAUCACAUAUUUUGGGGUACGAUUUAUACCAGGCGUGAUGCAAAUCCUUUCAACUUUGUCCUGUCAUUUUAAUUUUUUUUGUAAUACUACUUAUUUAAAGUGAAUGUUGAAUCUUGGCUGACCUUGAGUUUUCAAGCCAGUAUAGUGUUUGAGUCCUAAAUUAAAAACUUUUGGGUUGCAAUAAAGUGCACUGUAGAGUGUUGGCCUUCGUAGUAGACCAGAUGGAUUCAUAGCAUAUUAAUCCCAACACUGAUAUGUAUAAACUCUCAUGGGGGAAUGAUCCCAUCACUCCAUUCUACACCCAAACAGGCAAGGCUGUGGGUCAGGUUGAAAGCACAAAAAUGAGAACUUUUGCUCUUUAUUUAAACCAAAAGUCCACAAGUCUGUAAAUUGAGCUUUAUCAGAUUCACACCAUGUUUAAAUUCACAUGACCAGUUAUAGUGAUAAAUUGGCAUUAUAAUGUUUUUGACUCCUGCUGGGCUUUUCUCCAUGACAUCUCUUAGAUUCAUACAUGCACACUGUAUAAGAUGUCACAGGAAACCACAGUUGGCUUUUGCUUGUUUUCUUUGGGAAACUUUUGUGCCGCCCAACCAGCCCCGUCAUUGAGGUUUGACCUUUUUUAAAAAAAACAAUCAUGCCAGGUUGUAGGUUCACUUUGACAGGAUUCUGUUUUUAACCUUCUAAGUAAUCACUUCUCUUUAAGCUCUGGAUAUCAGAGGGGGGGAAAAAAAGACAACACAAAAUUAUUAUUAGACCAUGUACUCUCAAAUCAUCUUCAUUGUUCAUUGGCAUUGAUUGUACAAGUGGAGCUGUACUGGAGAGAUAAAUAUUUCCUCAUUUGACAUCUUAAAAUGCUAAUCAAAAUCUUCCAUAUGUGCUCGUUUGAGCUGUAGUAUAUGAUUUGUAUUAUUUUAUUUUUUUUAUAGUCGGAACAAUAAUCCCUCAUGCUCUAUUGAUAGGGACAUUCUCACCCUAGAAGACACCACCCCCAUCAGUUUUCUGCCUAAGAUGAAGUUGUUUUGUUUUUUGUUUUUUUGUGACUAUUGGUGACCCUGACCCUCUAAAAGGAAAAGUAGAACCGAUCCAUGCCAGCAAAGUGGCCCUCUCAGUAUAACUGAGACACCACAUUUCCUCAGUGUAUGGGUCAAAUUCCAAGUUUUCCCUUUAAUAUCUCCCUCUGCAGCUCUGCUGCAAAAUGUCAGUUUUGUUGCACCACUGAACUGACCCAGAUGUUUUCUCUUUAGAACAGACCUUGUAUUACCCUAGAGAGAAACAGGGGAAUUUCCACAGAAACACAGUUUCCUCUCUGCUUGUAACACUGACAACAUGGUUUGUGGUGCUGCUGGAGGAAAAUGAGGUUGCAAGUUAAUGGCUUAGAAAAUCCAAAGCCCCUGCUCUGCUGUUUAAUCAAAGGCACCGCUUCUGUCUGAAUCACUGUCUGAGAGCAGGUCAUACAAACCAAGCCAAGAGGAGCUCAAAAACAAACGUAUUUCUCAAGCCUCUGUGUUGGCAUACGUUCUCCCAGACAAACCAUAUGUGUUUAAGCUCAACUGAGCCAGCACACUGAAAGGGCAAACAUGAGAUCAUAUAGGACAUCAAGAGACAGAUGGUCAAAACACAUUGCUUUCAUAAAAUAUUUGCAUAGCAUGAUAGUUUGUCUCCUUCUGCAAGUGCACUUUUACUUUUGAAUCUGUGUUUGUUUUGUUUAUAUGCUGUAACUAUAGAAUUGUACAUUUUAUUUUACUUGAACUGUAUAAUGUAAUAAAUAUAUGAAUUUUAGAUGUUAUCUUUUUUUCUUUUUACUAAAUGACAACUGAGAUUCUUCAUAUGGUUUCAUUUUUUUCUGGUGCUGUCAGGCAGCAACAAAAAAAAUGGUGUAAUAGUGUGAUCUCAUGCUGUGUGAGAUUUGAUUGGUUUAUUGCUCCCUGCUGACGUGGAGGUAAUGAUGGAAGGGUGUUGACUUUGUGAGCUGUAGGUGGCCAUCAGCAGCAAUUCUGAUCACUCGUUCACAGGCUGUCAUCUAUGCGCAGUUAUUGAGUCAACUGUUGAAUCGUUAGCCUGCAUUCAUCUGUAUUCGCUGUACAGUUCAUAAAGAUAAUCAGAGUAGCUAUAUGAACAUUAUUUUCUCAUUUGUUCCAGUAUAGACUCAAUAAUGUGAUGAACGCAAUCCAACUCAGUUGUUGCUUAGUAAUGUUAUAUAAUCUAACCUAAAUACUACUGUACAUCUCAAGUAACCUAUCCUGUAAAUAAGAUUUGUCUAUUGUCUAUUAAGGGUGAGUGUUGCUCAUUGAUUGUAAUGAUUAUGCAAUUCCCAGUAAACUGCUUGUUUUUCAUUUAACUCUU